UACACUCACUAGUCACACUUAAAGGAUGGUCAGGCGCGUCAAUGGAGUCCAAAGAUCCUGCUUCAACAGGUGAUAUGGACGAUACAUAUUCAAUCGCAGCCAUACAUGGAGAUGUGUCACAUAGAGAUGACAGUACAUACUCAUUAUCUAGCGAUGUGGCACAGCUUAGAUUGUUAUCCGAACGUGAUGAACUACAAUUGAACGAAGCAGAUUUUGAGAUCAUGGUAAAUGACAUGCGUAGCACCUUCGUAUGUUGGUUAAACAAAGCACAACUAGCCCUACGAACGAAAAAAGAAGACCUAUUACGCGCAGCAGAUGAAUUACAAACAGAACGAAAAGCAUUCAUAGAGCGCAUGAGGCGUGAACGUGCCCAGGAGGCAGAAAAACUUGCAGAUGAACGAAGAAGACAUGGACAAGAAGUAGCAUCACAACUUAAACACGUACAGUUUGAAAGAAAUGAAGCACGAAGACGGAUAGAGGAAGAACGACAGAAAUUAGACCAUGAAAAGGAUGUAUUUGAAAAUUAUAUGCAAUUGGAGUCUGCCAAAUUAAGACAACGAGUGGAACUAUUCGAACAGGACCAAAGGAAGGUAUUAGACAGCAAGAUCGCAACGCAGACCAUGGUAGACAUAAAUGUAGGAGGAGUUGUAUUCGAGACCUCACGCCACACUCUAGCGAAACAGCCAACGUCGUUCCUAGCCAACCUGGUCAGUGGUAGGCAUGAAGUGGGCCGUGAUCGCCAGGGUAGAAUAUUUCUGGAUAGAGAUUACGAACUAUUCAGGGUAAUACUCAACUUCAUGAGAAACCCAGAGUGCUUACCAGCUCCAAGGGAUUUGUCUGAAAGCGCAUCAUUGAUCAAUGAAGCCGCCUAUUAUAAAAUAAAAUUCAGCCCCUACCCACUGGCGCUGUGUAUCGGAGGACAUGAUACCCAUUCACCGCUGAAUGCAGUAGAAGUGCUAGACAGAGACUCCAUGUGCUGGAGGAACUGUUCACCCAUGCAAACCGCAAGGAUGUACUUUGGAGCCGGGGUACUCAACAACUUUGUCUACGCAUUCGGAGGACACAACCUCGAUUACAAAGCACUGUGCGACACUGAGAUGUACGACAGACUUAGAGAUACGUGGCUAACAGUAGCAUCGCUGAAACAGGCUAGACGCAACAACGGUGGAUGCGUAUUGGGUGAACGGUUAUACUGUGUAGGCGGAUUCGAUGGAUCUGCCGUACUGGACUCCGUGGAAUCCUACGACGUCAGGAUGAGAAAUUGGAUACCAGUGGCACCCAUGAAUACACCAAGGUCGUCACCCAUGAUAGCUGUACAAAAUGAUAUGUUGUACGUCAUGGGAGGCACAUGUGGAGAACGAUUGCAUAGCGUGGAAAGGUACGACCCAAAGAUGAAUAAGUGGGAGACUAUGCCAGGAGCACUGCUAAAAGUACGCAGCGCAGGAGCAGCAUGCUCGUAUAACAAUGAAAUAUACCUACUGGGAGGCAUAGAUAACGAACAUAGCAUACACAACUCACUGGAAACGUGGCACUCAAGUAGACAAGCGAGUAGGUACCUCAUGGAGGCACCAUUGGAAGUAAUGGACACCUCACUUACCUGCUGCGGAGACUCACUGCUACUCGCAGGAGGGCAAAACACACAGGUUUCAGAUGCUACGUUCUUCUAUCGACCAGAAGUUGACGAGUGGUCAAAAGGUCCCGCGCUACUUAUCCCAAGAUACGGACACAGCACUGUAUUACUUGAUAUAUAAU